GAAGUGAAUAAGCAUACAAUCGAUCGUGUGGACAACGGGUCAGAACGUAAUUUGUGCUCAAAUUGAACGCAUCGCAAAUCAGCUUUUUCGCGUCUCGCAUUUCGAGUGUAUCAACUAAGCCGGAUCCAUUUUUUCGAAACUAGAAAAGAAGAAAAACCAACACAACCAGUUUUUCAAUACGCGGCAGCUUAAAUUGAGGUGGGACAAAUAAAGAAAACAAAAAUAGUGCAAAGUGAAUGAGAGUUAGAGAGAGCGAGAAAGAAAGAGAGGAGACAUAAAAAAGAACAAUGGAUGUUGGUGGCACCGACCAAGAAUCAUCAUUAUUUCAAGCAUUUAUUGUGCCCUCAGUAGGCAUAGAAAAUAAGAAUGUCAACAAAACAAAUGAUCCAAUUAAGCAAAGCAAUUUGUCUGAUCAAGAAGCACCGAAACCGGGCAGUCAUAAAGAUGAUCAACCGCAAUUAUCGGAAGCAAAAUUUGAACGAUUCAAACAGUUAUCGACUUUGCCAUUGGGUUUAAGCAAAUAUGUGGCCAAAGAUCUAAUUGGAACGCCACUCGAAGACAUCGACCCAUUUUACAAGGAUAAACAGACAUUCAUUAUUGUCAAUCGAAACAAAGAUUUGUUUCGUUUUUCGGUGCCAAAAUCAUUGUGGUUGUUUCGACCAAACAAUGUAUUACGUCGGACAUCAGCUCGUAUUUCGACGGACCCACUUUGGACAGCAUUUAUGAUUUUAGUCGUUUUGGUCAACUGCUUCAUCUCCCUUUUGAUAACUGGAUCCAAUAAACUGCUGGAUAUUCCAUGGGAAUUGAUUUUCGUGUGUAUCUACAUUUUUGAAUUUAUAUUAAAAGUGUUGGCCAGAGGAUUUGUAUUAGAGAAAUUCACAUAUCUACGUGAUCCAUGGAACUGUUUUGAUCUGUUAAUUAUUAUACAUGCAAUAAGUGCCAUAUGUGUAAAUCCAGAAAAGGCAAUCUACAGUUGUCCAAGUCUUUGUGAAUUACGUGUUCUUAAGCUAUGCUCACUUUCGUUGUCACUUCGACGCACGGUUAACGUUUAUUUGGAAUCGUUGUUGAAAAUGCGUGACCUUCUAUUGUACAUCACAUUUGCCAUAAUCGUAAUAUCAAUAAUGUGUCUUGAAAUGUACAUGGGAAUCUUAUCACAGCAUUGUGUUCAAACACCACUUGUGGUGACCAGCGAUUAUUUUUGGUCAACUUUUACAACCAAUUCGGUCCAUUUCUUGUACGAGGGUGGAGUGUAUCCAGCCUGUGGCAAUUCAUCUGGUGCUCAAGAUUGUCCAACAAACUAUGUUUGCCUACAAGGCAAUAAUUUAAAUCCAAAUUACGGUAUUACCAGCUUUGAUACGUUUCUUCGUUCAUUUUUGGUUGUGCUACGCUUAAUUCAACGUGACUUUUGGGAAGAGACCAUGCAAUAUGUAACUGCAACAGCUGGAGAAUGGCACAUUUUAUUAUUCAUUGCGCUUAUCUACUACAUUUCAUUUCAAUUGUGUGCGUUACUCUGGACACCGAUCGCUCUUGCCUACAAUUAUUUAAAGGACGAACAGUGGGAAAAUGAUUUAUUGAACGAUUUGAAUGAGGCACAAGAACAAUCAAAAGCAAGUGAAAACAAAGCAAAAAAUCCAGGAUGUUGUGCUAAAUUUCAACGCAUUAUCUUCAAUAUCAUUUACAAUCCAUUUGCUGUGCUCUUCAUAAUUGGUUGCAUUCUGCUUAAUACAUUGUUCAUGGCGUUAGAUCAUCAUAACAUGCCCCGAAAUUUGGAGAAUGUUUUAUCUGUUGGAAACUACGUUUUCGUAUUGGUUUUUGUAAUUGAAGCAAUAUUAAAGCUGACUGCACUUGGACCGGCUCAAUAUUUUAGAGAUGAAUGGAAUACGUUUGACUUUAUUGUGACAGCACUCGGGGUUAUUGAAUUGGGAGUGGAAAAUGUUCAAGGUUUAUCUGUUUUGCGUGCUUUUCGACUGUUGCGACCAUUGCGUUUAGGUAAAAUUGUGCCUGCAUUCGAUUUAUUGAUGAAACGUGUCCGUCAUCUAUUUUCGGUAUUGCGCAACCAGACAAUUAUUUUAUGCAUAUUUAUUUACAUAUUCGUUGUUUUCGGUUGCCGUACAUUUGCCAAAAACUACAAUGUCCAUGAGCUACCUCGUUGGAAUUUAACCGACAUUUUCCACUCGUUUAUGGUAGUGUUUCGUUCACUAUGCGGCGAAUGGGUUGAAUCACUGUAUGAUUGUAAUAUGCUGGUUUUGGAUGCAUCGAGUUUUGUCUAUUUUUGUGCUUUGGCACUUAUCGGAAGUUUUAGUAUAAUGCAUAUAUUCGUUGCUCUGAUAUUGACAAAUGACGAUUCGUCUGUGCUUUCUUCAAUGUCGAACAACAUCGUACCAAAUUCCAUCCCAGAAUCUCAUGCAAAGCAAUCAACUAUCAAAUCGUCGUCGUCGUCGUCACCGUCGUCGUUGUCGUCCAAUAGAAAAUUCAAUUUGCACAUAUUCUUGAAGGAAAAAUUACUUGAACCGAACAUACAAAAGAUUUAUGAUGCAAAUAAGCCAAUUAAAAAUGAUAUGGAGUCGCUGCCAGUUGAUGCACCAUCCACAACAAUUACACUUUCAUCGAAUGAACCGGACGAUAAGAAUCACAGUCAAACUAAGGACAGUAAAAAACAAUCGGUGGGCCGUGCUGAUGUAAAAGAAACUGGAGCAAGUAGUGUGGUUGUGAGUGCGCCAGUAGUCACAACCGAAGAUGACAAUGAGGACGAUGCGACAAUUAACAAGUGGUCCAAAUUUCGCGUUAAAGCAUUGAAAUUCAAUCAAAGCACUUACUUUGGAUACAUUGUCUUGGCCAUCAUAUUCAUUGGUUCAAUAGCAUUGGUACACACGGUAAACAGCCUUACACUAGCGGGAACAUUACUCGUCGAAUUAGCAUUUUGUAUUGUAAUGAUUAUUGAAUUUAUAUCGAAAACCAUAUCCUGUGGCUGGAAAUCGUAUUUCAAAAACAUUUGGUGUUUGAUCGAUUUAUUCAAUACCAUUGUGCCCAUCGUCGGUUUGUUUGCUGUGAAUCAGACAAUAUUGAUUUUGAAUGCGCUGCGCCCGUUAUCGUUGGUGUCACGAUGUUCAGGACUCAAGAUAAUUGCGGUGACAGUUGCCCGUCAGGCUCGAUUGCUAUUCAGUUCAAUACUCAUUUGCAGCGCAUUCUGGUUAAUAUUUGCAAUAAUGGGAGUUCAAAUGUUUGCCGGCAAAUUUUAUCAGUGCGUUGAUAGAAAUCAAACAAGAUUGGGCAUCGAUUUUGUGGACUCUCGCAAUACAUGCAUUGAUAAACACUAUGAAUGGACGAAUUCGGCGGUCAAUUUUGACAACGUCAUCGAGGCUUAUCUCAGUUUGUUGCAAGUGGCUACAUUUAAAGGAUGGAUUCGAGUCAUUCAAGACGCCGUCGAUUCACGGGAAGUUGAUUCUCAACCACUGAGAGAUGCCAAUCUCUACAUGUUUCUUUAUUUCGUUAUUUUCAUCGUAUUUGGGGUGUUCAUCUGUGCAAAUUUGAUCAUCGGAAUUCUCAUAAAGCAUAUUUUAAAUGUGGGAAAUUUAAGUGAUGCAUUUGGUUCGUCGAAAAAAUUGUCAACAGAUAGAUUAAGCCAAAAUGGAUCAAACAAUGGUGAAAGGGCUCAUGAUGUAUCGACUGCAUCGAAACUGGCGAUGUUAGCGCGAAAUCAAUACUUUGAUUGUGUUGCAUUUGCGAUAUGUUUGUUCUACAUUAUAAGCCUUGCCUUCGAUCAGUACCAAAUAUCUGAAAAAUAUGCCAAUACCAUUCAGUACAUUGAUUUGGUGUGUGCGGUGUUAUUUAUGAUUGAAACAGCGCUGCGUUUGAAUUCAUUGCGACGCAUAUUUUUAUUAAGUUUUUGGAACUUUUACGAUUCGGUUACAGUGAUACUGCUAUUGAUUGAACUUUUUAUGAUUGAAUUUGGUCGUGUGAGCGUUCUAUCUGUUAGUUUAUUGCGUGUAAUUCGAGUUCUUCGUUUCAAUUCACUUCUCGUUACAUAUUCGCCGGCACUAAAUUUAAGCUUAAAGGCAUUACGUCGUUCAGUAACCGCUGCUUACAAUCUGUGCCUGUUCCAAUUGUUGGUGAUUUUUGUGUAUACGUUGAUUGGUGUGGUUGCAUUUAAAAAUGUGCCAAAUGUUAUUUUGAUCAACGAUAAAAUUUCAUUCAAAACGGCCGGACGAGCUAUAAUUUUAUUGAUUCAAAUAAGCACCACUGCCGGUUGGGAUGGCAUUUACGACGUUCUAGUUGCAGAUAAUCACUUCAAUCCGUUCGUUAUCUUCUUGUAUCUUUGGUCAUUUUUAUUCAUUUGCAUUUUGACAAUUGUUAAUUUAGUGCUUACGAUCGUUCUUAAUUAUUAUUCGGAAGCGCAUCAAAUCGAAACCGAAUCGAAACAAUUACAUAGCAACGAUUUAAUGGAUUUCAACGAAAAAUGGAAUACACUGGCAUCACCAAAUCAGCCGAUUUUUAUCAAUAAAGCACAAUUGCCCAUUCUAUUAAAUCGUCUCGAUACAUCGUCAGCGUUACGGGCAAGUGUCAUUCCAAAUGAAGAGAAUAUUCAGCUGUUGGGAAUACCGGUGCAAAACGACGAUCAACUUUAUCGUGGCGACGUUCUGAUUGCGUUAAAUAAGAAUCGAUUGAGACAAAUGCAAGCUACCGUCAAGAAAUAGUCGAUUACAAAUUAGCUGAACGUGACCUUACUUUAAGACAUUCGCACAAAUUACAUAAAUAAUUACCGCACAAUUUAUAUAUUUCCAACGGGAACCAAUCUCUUGUGGGGAGUUUAAUUUUAAUAUAUAUAAAAAAAAACAAAAUUGUUAUUUUUACUAGUAUAUUUUCUAACGUUGUCUUUUUAUUGCAUAUUUUUAUACAGCUAAAUUGACAUUAUUCUAGUUUUGAAAUU